AUGAAAAUAGACAAAGCCUUCUGUGAUCUGGGGGCAAGUGUAAGUCUAAUACCUCUAUCAAUAUGUCAAAAGCUGGAGGUUGGAGAACUGAAACCCACAACAAUAUCACUGCAAUUGGCUGGCCGUUUUGUUAAAUACCCUGUGGGCAUCCUAGAGAACAUCCCUAUCAAGGUAGGCAAGUUCUUCAUUCCAGUUGACUUUGUUGUCUUAGAGAUGGAAGAGGACAUCCAAAUCCCUAUCAUCUUGGGAAGACCUUUCUUGGCAACCGCUGGAGCUAUCAUAGAUGUUAAAAUGGGCGUUGACAAACUAGUUAAAGAGGAAUUCCAUAAAGCACAUCCUGAAGAUCCUCUUGAAGCAUGCAUUGUGCACAGUCACACAGCAGAUAAUGAGAACACAGAAAUUGCAGCUUGUGCACAGUCUUUAGAAACUAACCACUGUACCAUCAGCUCAAGCUUUCAAAGUGGAGGAGCUAAAGGAGGAGCAAGCCAAAAGCAAACCAAAAGACAACACUAA